AUGAGGAAAACCGAUAUAGUGGUCAAUUGCGCAAUGGACAGCCAUGUGCCAGAUGGCCUUUUAGAGAGGAUGCGAACUCGAGAGAGUUCAAAGAUACAAAUACGAGAAGGGGUCGCCAGGAGUGGAGUAAAUCGCGUGGACAUUGGCGUUCAACCACACUAUUCACAUCAAGUGGAUCGUCUCACUCCCGAUCCUCACAUUCAUGGAUUGUACACCGAACGGGACCGUUCGUUAUACGAUUUCCCUAACCGCGUAACCGUUCCAUACACGAGACUCGUGCAACGAGUAUUUUGUCGAGAAAUGGAGCACUUGAAUCCGUUGUAG